AUGUCACAUGCUGACAUUUCACAAACAAAAGUAAAACUUGAAAGCCUUGUCAUCUCCUCAUUCACCAGCCAGAGCAAGGAGGGCAUGUUACAAACCCCUGGUGUUCCUGAAGAUGAUGUCACCACAGCACUGUUUGCCAUUAAGUGGGGUUUGUCUGCCUCCUCUGUGGGGCAGAGGAGGGUCAUGUGGAUAUGCUACCUUGGGAAGCAAAACGUUUGGGGCCAGCCAUGCUGUCUCCCAGCAACAGAGUUUGGAAUUCAAAUUCUUGCCUGUGCUUGUGUGAGUUUGCAGAGAGUGAGCCUGACUAUUGCUCUCUCCGGAGCCCUUGGGGAGCUGGGCAAGUGA